AUGGUGCCGUUCGUCGCGGACUUGCUGCUGGUAGUACACCGAGACAUGAGGUUUAGCAGCGGUCUUGUUACAACUAUCAUCAGGGAGCGAGAACACCUUAAGAACGCGCCGGUCACGGAAGAGGAGGUCAACACAAGCUUCGUCAACGUGGUUGGUCUCCUUUUGGUUGCAACAAUCUUCGGACUUGUGCGGGCAUACGCCGGCUGGGCGGAUCUAUCGCAUUGGAAUCCAACGCACUUGGUGUCGAAUUUUCUAGUGCCGAAACUGAUUCAUCUGGAAACCAGAAGCCACAAAUGGCUCAACAAAAAUGUAACUGGUACUAGCAAUGGACGUGCCGCCUGCCACCAGGCUGUGCGGAUUACUGUCGUCCUCAUCGGGCUUGUGCUCAUUCCUGCGGCCGUCGUGGCGGUUAGUUAUGCCAGCUCGUCCCUAGUGGCAAACUCGGCUUUGAACGCUACACUGAACGAAUUGUUCGCCAAUGCUUUGCAGCCUGCACCUGCACAACUCAUUCAAUCCGACGUCUUUGGUGAUCAACCGUGGGUAGAAAUGUUCAUUCACAACACCGAGGAGCAUGAGCUGUUUGGAAACCACUCGCUUUACCGCCGCACGACAGGAUUCCGCGGCGAUCUCGCUUUCGACGUUAAAGUCAAGAGCGACAACCCACCGAACAUUUUGAUCAUCGGAGUCGAGUCAUUCCGCUUUCAAGACUCACGGUACCUCGUUGGAGAAAAGGACCCGUCCAACUUGUUCAAGGGCACCGGUAUUACGAUCACGCCGAACUUUGACAAGUGGGCGAAACGUGGCGUUGCGCUCCGCAAUAUGUGGUCAAGCAACCCCACGAGUCGCUCGCUGGAAAGCGUGCUGUUCGCGCAGGUCCCGUAUCAUAGUGCGGUCAAGACAGGUAUCACGGGUGGAGCAAAGGGCACGAACCUGACGGGGAUGCCGCAGUUUUUCAAGCAAAAAGGAUACGAAACUUGGUUCACAACGGGAUCUUCGAUUGGACUUGACGGCUGGGACAUCUUCCUCCCUGCCCAUGGGUUCGACACCGUUUGGGAUAACCAUGAUAUGGUGAAGUUGGCUGAAGGUUAUCUUAAUAUUACUCAUGACGACUGGUACGGAGCAGCGCAUCGCGGAUUAGGCUGGGGCGUUCAUGACGACAUAAGCUUUCAGAUUUUAGGCGACCUUCUCGUGAAUCAGACCAAGGAGCAGAACAAGCGAGUCUUCGAGAAUGUGCCAAAGAAGCCCUUCUUCAUCACACACUACACCAUAUCCAGCCACGCCCCGUUCGACUCGUGGCCAAAAUGGUACGCAGAAUCUGAGAAGCCUGACUUCUCUGCCUUCUACAAAGGGGACUCUCACGCCGACAUGAUCCAGAGGUACCUGGAAGUGAGACAUUUCACCGACAUGGAGCUUGGCAAAUUCAUGGAUCGCAUGUGGAAGGAGGGCAUCCUCAACGACACCAUUGUUAUUAUCAUGGGAGACCACGGCCAAGCACCUGAAGCAGACGUCACGAACACACACGAGGUGUCUAUGACUCGUGUGGCAGCCGCCAUUAUCGCGGAAGGACGUCUGGGUGAUGCUGCAGGCUUGGUGAUCGAAGAUGCCGUGGAACAUUACGACUUACUCAACACCUUAGCAGAUAUCACUGGCAUUCCUGACGGAGGGUUCCUCCAAAACGGCGUCGGGCGUUCUAUCAAGCGCAAGGUCCCCUACGGUGAGCGGGUCGUCUUCAGCAAUGAACCGAAUCGGAAAAUGUCAAUCGUGCGUGGCCACCAACGUCUGCGCUAUGACCAAGUGAGCGACUCGAUGAUGCUACACGACACUGAAUGGGACCACGCCAUGGACAUCGACCUGUUCCCGAACCUAACACCCGAAGCACACGCCGAAUGGCAGAAGUGGCGAGACGACGGCCGUCGUCUCGCGGCCUACUACACCGAGCGAUGGGACAAAAACUGCCUUCUCGCAGUUAGCUGCACGACAGAAAGCUAA